UUUAUUUAGGCGGAUUCAGUACAGUGGGUGAGGAUGCUCGUUUCUUAAAUGUAGCUAGCUGUCUAACUCGCUGUCUGAGUAAAAAUUCUCAGAUUUUGUUAGAUAUAUUCCGUCAGUUUAGAGUCUCUGUUUUAUCGAUGGAUCCAGCUUUGGAAAAGAUGAGCAGAGCGGCAUUCCCGUCUCCCACGGCGGAGAUGGCGGAGAUGAACCGAAUCCACUAUGAACUGGAGUACACGGAGGACAUCAGUCAGCGCAUGCGCAUCCCCGACAUGCUGAAGGUGACGCCGUUCUCAGCCGAGGGGCAGGACAGCGAGGGCGCAGCUCAAGAGGCAGUGCGCUCUGCCUUGAUGCAGGUCCCAGACAGGAUCGUAGUGACAGGGAACAGUGAAGCUGCUGAGUUCAGCAGACCCAGAGAUCUGGAUCUCAUCCAGUCUAGCCCACUCGAGACUCUGUCGCUUAAAACCCCCCCUCGGGUCCUCACCUUAAAUGAGCGCCCCCUCGAUUUCCUAGAAUUGGAGCAGUCUGCCGUUCAAGCAAGUGAGGAGACUCGUUCCCAGGGCAGGUCGCGAAGAGAGCGUUCAGUCAGUGAAAACACAGCAGUCCGGCACAACGGCCCGCUCUCCAGAAAUGACUCCUUAGGCGUGACUCCCUUGCCCCACACUUCUCUGCGUCCUCUCACCACUCUGGCCGUCCCGGAGGAGGGCCCGAGUCUGCCCAGCGCCCGCUCCGUCCUCUCCUUCCUCCAGUCCACCACACGCCGGGCCUACCAGCAGGUCCUGGAGGUCCUAGACGAGAACCAACGCAGCAAGCCCUCUCUGAGAGGGGGCUCCACCUCCUCUAACCUCCAGCAUGAUAACAGGUGUGCAUUAUCCACACUGGACAUGACCAUGGACGGUGGAGUAGAUGACAUGGCUGUGGUUGACGCUUCAACUUUAAGGAGACAGAUCAUCAAGCUGAACCGUCGGCUGCUCCUCCUGGAGGAAGAGAACAAGGAAAGAGCCAAACGCGAAAUGAUCAUGUACUCUGUUACUGUAGUGUUCUGGCUCAUCAACAGCUGGGUGUGGUUCCGUCGCUGAGGCAGCACAGACUCCUCCCUGGGGGAGGAGCCUGGUCAGAACUCCUCCUGUUAAACAUUAGCCAAAUUUACUCCCUGCGCUUCUGUCUCCAAGCUCACGAGCCUCACUGUGUGCACAGGCAAGCGUUUAGAGUGGAAAGAUACCAUUUCAAGGGGGGGGGGGGGUUUGUUUGUUUGUUUGUUUUUCUUUUUUUAUUUAUUUUUUUUAACACACAUCUGCUGUUACGUUUUUAAGGAAAUUCUGUUAGCACAGUUAAGCUAGGCACGACCCAUGUGUAUACAUAUUUCUUCAUGCCACUCCAGAUGUUAUACUCAUCGGACCUCUCAACGUACGAAUGCUGGUCUCGGAUAGGUUUCUGCUUUCUGCAUCCUACUGAAUACAGUGAUAUGGGGAACCAGAACAUGUACCUAUAUCUGCUGUCUUAUUCUGAAACAUGAUCAAUAUCGGAGACGGAAAAUGGGACCCUGAUAUUCCAUACUGCUUUGACAUCUCUGAAUAGUUGUAUCAAUGGAAUGUCGUCAAUAGUAAUAUAAUUAUGUAUGUAUGAUAGUCGUCUGUUGGUGUUGAUAUCUUUUAAUAAAUAAAUAUAACUUCACAUUG